CUUUGGUCGAGAGUCGAGUGCGUCUGUCAGACGGGUUCUGCCAGCAGUUGAUGCUUAGCCUGGGUUGGCGCACAUGCAGGCUCACAAUCUGCGUUUAGCUUUUGGCCCCCCGCAUCUCACCACAUCCUUAGGUGCAGCGCACCAGACGGCCACCACCCCGCUUUGCCUCGUCGUGGCAGGCACGACACACCACCACCACCACGGACAAGCACCUGAACGAUUGAAGUCGCACACCGCAACCGCCUGCGCCUCCAUCAAGCACAGGCACAGCCGACAAACGCCCAAUCCCUGCCCGAACACCACUGGCGCCGGCCCAUCCCACUCCCACAUCCUGAUCUGCCGAGGCGGAACAAGCCCAAGCCCGUCAGACGUGCCUUGCGGUUGCUGUUGUUGUUGGGCUCGGGCGACGCACCCGUCAAACUCGGAUCAGCAUUACCCAAGCAGGCUGGCAGCUGCUUCCGAUCCGUCGACCUCGCUCCACCAACCAAAAAAACACACGGCGACAUCCAAAACCGCACAUCUGCGUGACACGCCCGGAACCCCUUCCCCUGCCUUCGCAGCCCUUCCAAACCUCGAGUCGCCCAUCCUCCAUCGCCCGGAACCCGCCUCUGGACUACUGUACCGCGCUCGCGCACCCAAAGGCCGAGGGCAGUGUGCCCCGCCGCCGCCGACAAGAUGACGCAGGCGCCCAUGAUAUCGGUGCCGCUCAAGGCAACCAACGAGAUUGACUGGGUGGCCCCGCUGAAGAACUAUAUCCAGAACACGUACGGCGACGAUGCCGAACGCUACGCCGAGGAGUGCGCCGCCCUCAACCGUCUGCGCCAGGACAUGCGCGGCGCCGGGAAGGACAGCACCGCCGGCCGCGACUUGCUCUAUCGAUACUAUGGCCAGCUCGAGCUGCUGGACCUGCGCUUUCCCGUCGACGAGCAGCACAUCAAGAUAUCAUUCACAUGGUUCGACGCCUUCACACACAAAUCAACAUCCCAGUACUCGCUGGCGUUCGAAAAGGCAUCCAUCAUCUUCAACAUCUCGGCCGUCCUCUCGUGUCACGCCGCCCACCAGACCCGCUCCGAGGAGCCGGGCCUCAAGACGUCUUAUCACUCCUUCCAAGCCUCGGCCGGCAUGUUCACCUACAUCAACGAGAACUUCCUGCACGCACCUUCGUCCGACCUCAGCCGCGAUACCGUCAAGUCUCUGAUAAGCAUCAUGCUGGCCCAGGCGCAGGAGGUGUUCCUGGAAAAGCAGAUCACAGACCAGAAGAAAGUUGGCCUCCUGGCCAAGCUUUCCAGCCAAGCGCAUUCGCUGUACUCGCAGGCUAUCGAUGGCAUACAGGAGAACGUCAAUAAGGCCAUAUUUGAGAAAGUAUGGCUAAUGUUUGUGCAGAUCAAAUCUGCCCUGAUGAACUCAAUGGCACAGUACUACCAGGCUCUGGCAGACGACGAUGCCAACUCCCAUGGCGUUGCUGUUGCCCGCCUGCAAGUCGCCGAAAGCGCCGCCAAGGAGGCCAGCAGGAUCGCCGCCAAUUUCCCCGGUACCGUUCCGCCCAACUCCAACCUCACCAAUGAAACGGGCCCACUCCUAUCCGAACUCGCCAAGAGGCAACUAUCUGCUGUCCAGGUGAAGCUUGGGGAGUUCACCAAGGACAACGACUUCAUCUACCACCAAACUGUGCCGGCAGAGGCAAGUAUCUCGCCGGUUCCGAAGCUGCCGGCGGCCAAGCCGAUCCCGGUUAGUGAACUGUAUGCUGGGCAAGAUAUCCAACGCAUUACAGGCCCCGACCUAUUCGCCAAGAUUGUACCGUUUGCCGUCACAGAAUCCGCAAGUCUGUAUGAUGAAGAGAAGGCAAAGCUGGUCAGGGCCGAGACGGAGCGGGUGGAUCUCGCCAAUAGUGAGAUGGCGGCGAGCCUAGACUAUCUGAGGCUGCCGGGGGCGCUGGAGGUGCUCAAGGGAGGCUUUGACCAGGACGUAUCGCCCGAUGAGGAUUUUCGCACUUGGUGUGUGGACGUGGCCGAUCACGAAGAUCCGAACUCCAUUUUCGAUUCUCUCAGGACGGAGAAGGAGCAGAUACUGGCACUGUUGGACCGCAGCUCAAAGCAACUGGAUAUGGAAGAACACGUAUGCGAGAAGAUGAGGUCAAAGUACCAAGACGACUGGACACAGCAACCGAGCGGGAAGUUGACGGCGACGCUGAGGGGCGAUCUGCGGAAUUACCGCGAGGCGCUGGACGAGGCAGCAAAGAGCGACGGACAACUAGCGACGAAGCUACGGCAGAACAGCACCGAGAUCGAAACGAUGCGCACGGCGGCGCAGCACGGCGAGAUCGAUGCUAUGUUCCAACAAGCACUGAGCAGGGUCAAGGGAAAGUCGAGCAAUACCAACAGUCCGGGCGGAGCUGGCGAGCAGAACCUUUUGGACGCCGACUUUGAUGACGGGAAGUUGAGCGUUAUGGAUCAAAUCAACCGGGUCGAGGAGAUUCUCAAGAAGUUGAAUCAGCUGAAGAGGGAACGAAACCACGUGCUCAAAGACCUCAAGGACAAGGCGCAUAACGACGACAUCUCCCAGAUCCUGAUCCUGAACAAGAAGUCGAUAGCAAACUAUGAGCAACAACUGUUCCAGUCGGAGCUGGAAAAGUUCAGGCCGCUGCAAACACGGCUUGUACAGGCCGGGCACAAGCAGUCAUCGCUGAUGAAGGAGCUUUCGGGCACAUUCAACACGCUCCUGCAAGACAAGCGAGUCAAGGCGGAGCAGAGCAAGUACGAGUCGGUCCAAAGACAGCGCAGCAGCGUAAUAAACCGGUACAAGCGCGCGUAUCAGGAGUUUCUGGACCUCGAGGCAGGUCUACAAAGCGCAAAGCGGUGGUACGGCGAGAUGAGGGAAACGGUCGAGAGCCUCGAAAAGAACGUCGAGACAUUUGUCAACAACCGGCGCUCUGAGGGCGCACAGCUGCUGAACCAGAUCGAGCAGGAGCGGGCGGCCACCAAGUCGUCACACGCGGAGCUGGAGCGCGAGAGGUUGAGGGAGCUCAUGGAGCGCAUGAACGUUGAGGGUGGCCAGCAGACGCCGGCAUCCCCGCCAAAGCAGGCGGCAGGCGGCUCGGCCCGGCCGAUCCCUGCGCCUCUGUUCCAGACUGGUGGGGCGCCGAGGUAUCCGCAGGCGAACUUCCAGGGCCAGUACCAGAUCCCGACCUCUCCGCCGCCGCAGCAGGCCAACAUGCCACAGUCGUUUAUGCAGCCGCACCAGCAGUCGCACCAGCAGCAGCACAUGCACCAGCAGUCGCAGCACCACUUCAGCCAGCCGGCCUCGUACAACCCGAGCCAACACGGGCGGAUGCCGGGCCCGACGUCGCCGGCUCCAACGCAGACCACGUUUGGUAUCAACGCGAUGCGGCAGGGGCCGGCGUCGCCCCCGCCAACGCAGUCGACCUUUGGGCAGCCGCGGCCCUUUAGCACAUAUGGAAACCCGAACCCGCCGUCGACUCCGAAUCAGCAGCAACACUUCGCCCCGGCAGGAUAUGUGCCCCCACCCCCUCCCGGGCCGCCGCCGCUGGGGCCGCAGCAGACGUAUCAUGUGCCGCAGGCGGACUUUCACAACAGGCCAAACUCCGGGCAGCAGCAGCACCAGCAACAGCACCAGCAGCAGCAGUCUGCGGAUCCUUGGGCGGGACUCAACGCAUGGAAAUGAUGAGGGAGUGGGGUUGUUUGAUAAAGCGCGUUCAUCGUGUUGAAAACCUUAUUCAUUCCUAAAUAGCACUAUGGAAGAAGAUUACAUGGAAGAAAUCGCCUUGCGGGGAAAUGGGAGUUAUUAUUUGUCGCCGCUAGAGAAUUCAAGGGGAGUCGCUCUUGACACUGUUGCCUGGACCACAACAAGGCCAAGUAUGAGCCGGAGGUCAAAGUUUUGACUUUUAUGCACAGCGACCAUGGCUAGGUAUUUCUGUAUAGGUCAUGGCAUCUCGCAAGACUGUCAUCUCUCUGCUCGAUGAUUUUUUUAUCUGCUCGGCCGCAACCAGUGCAAUCCCGGG